CCUCCGGCGUUGCGGCAGCCCCCACCAGCCACCGAGCUGUUGCCGUCGGAGCGCGCCGUGGUGCUGCUGUCGUGCGCGUUGUCCGCAUUCGGCUCGGGCCUGCUGGUGGCCACACACGCUCUGUGGCCCGACCUGCGCAGCCGGGCGCGGCGCCUGCUGCUCUUCCUGUCUCUGGCCGACCUGCUCUCAGCCGCGUCCUACUUCUACGGAGUGCUGCAGGACUUCUCGGGCCCCUCGUGGGACUGCGUGCUGCAGGGCGCGCUCUCCACUUUCGCUAACACCAGCUCCUUCUUCUGGACCGUGGCCAUCGCUCUCUACCUGUACCUCAGCAUCGUCCGCGCUGCGCGGGGACCCCGGACCGACCGCCUGCUCUGGGCUUUCCACGUUGUCAGCUGGGGGGUUCCUCUGGCCAUCACGGUGGCAGCUGUCAUCCUGAAGAAGAUCGGCUAUGAUGCCUCGGACGUGUCGGUGGGCUGGUGCUGGAUCGACCUGGAGGCCGAGGACCGCCUCCUCUGGAUGCUGCUGACGGGGAAGCUGUGGGAGAUGCUGGCGUAUGUCACCCUGCCCGUGCUGUACCUCCUGGUCAGGAAGCACAUCAACAGAGCGCACGCGGCGCUCUCGGAGUACCGGCCCAUCCUGUGUAAUUCUCACCGGCUGCAGCGCGGCACCUCCGUGGCUGACAAGAAGCUGGUCCUCAUCCCGCUCAUCUUCAUCUGCCUGCGGGUCUGGAGCACCGUGCGGUUCGUCCUGACCCUCUGUGACUCCCCCGCAGUGCAGGCACCGGUGCUGGUCGUUCUGCACGGUAUUGGGAACACGUUCCAGGGCGGUGCCAACUGCAUCAUGUUCGUCCUCUGCACCCAUGCCGUCCGAACUCGCCUCUUCUCUCUCUGCUGCUGCUGCUGCUCUUCUCAGCCCUCCGCCCAGAGCCCAGCUGGCCCUCCCGGGGCUCCUGCACCCUCCAAGACAAGAGCAUCUCAGGAAUCUAGACAGACUCCGGAGCUUCCAAGCACCUGAGCUCCUGUCCGCUGUGUGCAGAGGUGCUGCCUUCCCAAGAGCAUUCUGUGGUCCCUGCUGCCGGGAGUGGGAGUAGGUGUCCGCGGCACAGGAGGCCCACUGUCAGAGUCCUCCGCCCCAGCAGCAGAACAGCCACCAGCUCAGCUUCUACCUCCUUGACCCUCAGGUGGCAUGUUCCACUCACCAUGUCCUGGAACCCGCAGGGAUUCGUCUGCGUGAGAGUAGCCGUGAGGUCCAGGAAACAGUAGUACAUGGUCACGUCGAUGCCUCUAAUCCAGUUUACUGUUUACAAUUCAAGGGACCCACACCUGGGCGGCCAUUCUCUGUGCAGUUAAUGUCAGGGGGUCCCAGAGGUGUGUCCCCGACCCGAGAUCACAGAGCAGAUUCUCGGUUUGUCAGAUUCCCUGGAGCGCCCCCAUUUUCUUGAAUAGCUUUGCUGGUCAGCGAAGGAGCUGGUAAACUUUAACCAGGUUGCAGGUUUGCCCGGGUCGCCUGGUGACUGCCAUGGCUGGGCACAGUCCAGCACGACUGCUCAGGGAUAGCCGACCUCGCGGCCUCCUGGACUCUCGCUGUCCGAGUUUCCAGCACAGGCUCUGCGUCCACCUAAAAUACAGGUCCACGCCACCAGGACCAGAACUGGGACCAGGGCGAGAAAGGCCAGCUCAGGGAAGCCUGAGGACACCCCACCCUGUGUCUCUCCAGGUCUUAGAAUCAUCCUGUUCUUAGGAAGAUCAAAAUGAGUGUGAGUCGCGAGGGAGUCUGGGUUAUUCACUUUCUAGUUUCGUUUUUUGUAGUUAAGGUGAACAGAGAGUUAGUGGAUGGUCCAAAUACAGAUCCUUCCCUGAAGGUGGAGGUUUUAAGAUUCAGCCAGUUUGGGUGGUUGGUUGGGGGAAGUGGUGACAUGGGCCAUGGGCGAUAGUUAAAAGAAAAAGAAAAUUAAAAUAAUCACCUGAAUCUCUAUUUAUAUUCUAUGGACCUUAAGUCACAGAAGCUUUUGGCCAGGCAUGGGGAGGCAUGGCAUUGGAGAGUACAGUUUUCUCUGUGGGGGUUUCCCUCGGAUUCCGUCAGAACUCUGCAAAGCUGUGGUGAUUUUCUGAGCCUAGUAAGGUGGUUCUGGAUUAAGACAAAAGCCAUGCUGUACUAUCAAUUCCUGUUUUAUUCUCAUAAACAAAAUCCCUCUCAGGAAAGGAAUGGUCAUGUAGAAGACUUGAGUUCAAAAUGCUCAUGUUAGGUUUCUUUUAUAAACAGAUUUCUCCAUGAAACUCAGCAAGAGGUGAACGUCCCCUUAGAACUCAAAGAAAGCUCCAGGCUGCUGUGCGGAAACACACUUGACAGGACAGUCUCCUGCUCCAAGUGGCCUGUGUAAGGGAACCCUAAGUCCCCCUAAAGACAGCACAGCCGGUCUCCUAGCACAAAGCCAAUAUAAAGACUCACGCUUUAGCUUCUAGAAUGGAGCAGAAAUGAAGGAAUUUGCUUGCUGCAAAGGGAGAAAAUGAUUGACAGGUGAAGUACUGGGUCACAGAGGAGCCAUGUUAGAACAGCCCUGCUCAGCAGCGGGGUAGGGAGCCCUUACUGCCUUCACACAGACAGCAAGCUGAGUGACCCAGAUUUCUGCUUUCCAGAUUGGCCAUGGUCAGGAAAGGCCUGUAGGGGGAGUAGGGAGCUCAGAGAACACCUGCUGCAAUGACAAGGCCUCCCCAUGGGGCAUGGUCACACAGCAGUCCUUUCUCCAUCUCUCCCUCCUGUCGGGAUUUUGGACACGCACGCGCACACACCUAGCUUGUUUUCCAAGCUGUGGGGUCCUGGUCGCAAACAGCACAGUUGGCCAUGUGAGAUCCAGUCACCUUCACCACCACACCUCUGACUAGCCCUCGAGUUCUUGUUCCACUGUUGAGUGCCACUGUUGUGCCGCCUGCCUCUGUAAAAACCUCUCAGAUUUACACGGUGGCUGUUUCCAUCCCAGCUUCCUCUGCUGCCCACCCAGCACUGCAGAGGAGUGGUCACCGUGAAUGGUAGUGACCAUAUGGGCAGGUGAGGGGAGGGGCUUGUCCAAGUGCCUUAACCUGGGCCCAUGGCCCGCCCACCUCAAGACUAUGAAUGGCUUCCUUGGGAGACCCAGGAACCGAGCCGAGCCCAGUGGGUAGCGUGCACUGAGGCAUGAGCAGGAUGGAGGCACGGGCUGACAGUCUAGGAGGAGCUGCUGCUCAGGUCAGAGCAAGAUGAGCCCACGACCCUUUGACACUUGGCCCAGCCGGCGGCUUCGUUGUCUCUUGUUUGCGUCGUUAAUGUUUACCCGCCUGCAUCCCUCAGUGACCCAGGGGCGGCCGCGGCCUUCCCGGUGCUGCAGCCGGCCAACGUUCUCCCGUGCUCUGUCGGCACUUCCUGGACCUUGGUCUGUGUUCCUCAGGUUCACCAG